AAGCACUUCGGACCCGUUAAAAAUGUGCUCGUUUCAAGUCCUCUCUAUCUUAGUCCGUGACUGUAAUACAGUAUGGUAGUAUAUAUUUGUGAUUUUAUAAAAGAGUAAUAAUGAUUAAUGUGAUAGCAUAUAGACCUAUAAAGUAUAAACUAGUUAUUUAAUCUAUGUGUGAUAGUAUUAUAUUAUGUCAUCUAUAAUAAUAUAGUAUUACCAGACACCGGUGUUCAAUCGCUUAUUCAUCUGACGCUUCUUCUUGCGAUCUUUCCACUUGCCACUUGUUGUCCAUCCAAGUGUCCAAGGUCUGAGACUGCAUUUCAGUCAUCAGUAUUGAAUAUUUACUUUAGUAUUUAUUUCAACUUGAAUGUCGAGGUUACUAGAUUUUCAGAGUAAGUACCUACAAAAAAAUGGAUUUCAUGUCAACAGAUUUUAAUCUUGCUGAAAACGUCUUUUAUUUCCACAACUCCGAACUUCAAAGUUUGGCAUUUGUGCUCGACUGGGAUACAAAAGAAAAAUUCUACUUUAAUCUUUUAAGCAUGUCCUUUGCAGAUGUAUUUGAUAUCCCAAAUGAUCAUUCAAUGGUACUCGCAAGACCAGGACAAACAAAUUAUUUUCAUGAAAAUAUCCCAGCAUUUGAUAUUAAAUACAUUGAAGAUUGUUUUAAAAUCAAAAACUACCCUGAUCCAACCAAAUAUUUAAUUAAAAACACAGGUUCUGGAAAUUAUACAAAAGAUGAUAUAUUCGAUUGUUGGCUCUAUCAAAAUAAAUCGUGGUCUGAUUUAAUUCCAAUUCCAGAAAAAUCAAAAUCAAAAUCUACAAAUUCUAUUUCUCAAGUCACAAGCUCUAACAAUGAUUUUGAUGGUACUGUGUUGUCUAACCGUUUACAAAAGGCUUCUUCAUCUAAAAAUUCUAACGAUGAUUUUGAUGGUACUGUGUUGUUUCGCAGUCCACAGAAAGCUUCUUCAUAUAAACACACAAGAAUUCCCUAUUCACAUAAAGAAGAGAUGAAUAUUGUUAAUUUUAUCAUUAAGAACAACUAUGCUUUAGAUAUUAAAGGGAGAGCAAUGUGGCAACAAAUGGAACAUGCCAACGUAUGCAAACUUCGUACAUGGCAAUCUAUGAAAGAAAGAUAUUUAAAAUCCAUUAAAUAUGAUUUAAAUUCAGGAAAUCAUAGAUUUUCAUACAUUAAACCAAAAGAUUUGAAACUAUUGCGACAAGGUUUAAAUAUUGAAAAAAUCGAUAAGGAUGAGAAACAAGCAAUAAGAUCCCGAUUCAAUGAAGAACGAAUUGAAAAUUGGUCAUCAGACAGUUCUUAAAAUUGGCAACAAAAUAUAUGCAGAACACACACUAUUAUGAUGCCAGAGAUUUUUAACAUUCAUUUCAGACAGUUGUUGAAUAGUUCCUAUUUUCUAACAUAUAAACAUUUUUAUAAUAUAAAUUAUUAAAAAAUUAAUUUUAUUAUAAUAUUUAUAUUAAAAUUGAUUAUGUUAUUGGUGAUGGACAUUAAAUAGUUAGUUAAUCGAGA